GUUCUGUCAUUCAGUGCUGGCGGAGCGUGAUGCCCUGCGCCCCCUGCUGGCGGAACGUGCCCUGCGGCGCGGUGCGGCGCUCCCCCAAUGGAAGCCGUGCCGUGCCGUUCUGUGCGUCAUCACCAGCGCGCCUCUCCUCGGCUGAUCGGGCUCUGCUGGCCUCGGGUCGCUCCGUUAGAGCUGUCGCUGCUAAAGCUCGCCCCGUGGGUUGCUUUCCUGCCGUGUGACGGCGCAGUCAUGAUCCACAGCCUGUUCCUGAUUAACGCCUCGGGGGACAUCUUCCUAGAGAAGCACUGGAAGAGCGUCGUCAGCCGCUCUGUCUGCGAUUACUUCUUCGAGGCGCAGGAAAGGGCUUCAGAAGCAGAGAACGUACCGCCGGUCAUCUCCACGCCGCAUCACUACCUGCUCAGCGUGUACCGCCACAAGAUCUUCUUUGUGGCCGUUAUCCAGACGGAGGUGCCGCCUCUCUUCGUCAUUGAGUUUCUGCACCGUGUCGUCGACACCUUCCAGGAUUACUUUGGCGUCUGUUCAGAGGUGAUGAUCAAGGACAACGUUGUGGUGGUUUAUGAAGUGCUGGAAGAGAUGCUGGACAAUGGCUUUCCAUUGGCAACAGAAUCUAAUAUUCUUAAAGAACUGAUAAAGCCUCCAACUAUCCUGCGAACAGUAGUCAACACCAUCACAGGAAGCACUAAUGUGGGCGACCAGCUUCCUACUGGACAGCUAUCAGUGGUGCCUUGGAGACGUACUGGUGUGAAAUACACCAACAAUGAGGCAUAUUUUGAUGUGAUUGAAGAGAUAGAUGCAAUAAUUGACAAAUCAGGUUCUACGAUUACUGCUGAAAUCCAAGGAGUAAUUGAUGCUUGUGUCAAGCUGACUGGGAUGCCAGAUCUUACCCUUUCCUUUAUGAACCCUCGGUUAUUGGAUGAUGUCAGUUUUCAUCCGUGUGUGCGCUUUAAGCGCUGGGAGUCAGAGAGGAUACUCUCCUUCAUUCCACCUGAUGGAAAUUUUCGCUUGCUGUCUUACCACGUCAGUGCUCAGAAUCUUGUGGCAAUUCCUGUAUAUGUUAAACACAACAUCAAUUUCCGUGACAGCAGCUCACUGGGACGCUUUGAAAUCACAGUGGGACCAAAGCAAACUAUGGGGAAGACUAUAGAGGGAGUGAUGGUUACCAGCCAGAUGCCAAAAGGUGUCUUGAAUAUGAGCCUCACACCCUCUCAGGGUACACACAUCUUUGAUCCAGUUACAAAGUUGCUCACGUGGGAUGUGGGGAAGAUAAACCCCCAGAAGCUGCCAAGCCUGAAGGGUAGCAUGAAUCUGCAAGCUGGGACGUCGAAACCAGAUGAAAACCCCACUAUUAACCUGCAGUUUAAAAUUCAGCAGCUGGCUAUAUCUGGACUGAAAGUGAAUCGCUUGGACAUGUAUGGGGAGAAGUACAAGCCCUUCAAGGGGAUAAAAUACAUGACUAAAGCUGGCAAGUUCCAAGUCCGAACCUAGAGGAUCAUGAGAGUGAGGAAAAACACUUUCUUGUUUCUCCUGUCCCUGGCUGCUGGAUACAGCUUCUCCCUGGUCUGUCUAUUUAGGGUUACUCCCUUUCCUUUGGUAGCAUGAGCAGGAUAGCCAGUGCUUAGAUGCUAGAGAGGAGGGAAAAUAAGUUGACCUGAAACUAUCUCAUCCUUACCUGAGCCUGAAGAAUUUGCAGCUCUGGCAGAUGGGAGAGGACUUCAGGUCCCUUGGGACCAGCAAGUUUGUAUCACCUUCAUCAUUCUGUCUUAAAGGAAAUUCUAGAGAUUGUUUUUCCAACUCCCAUUCCUUAUAUUUUGGCUGUGUUUUAUCCCUUUGUAGAUGAUGUGAAGCUCAGUUUUCACAGAGUUCAGCUGCAGAGUGAUGGUGUGGCAUCAGCCCUUCUCCAUCACUGGAUGUUAGGUUGGAGAGCUAUAGCUUUUGGCAGCAGUGAAAUUGGCUGACUAUUGUCCUUUGAAGGGGCUGACAGAAGUGGAGAAGUAGAUUGUCUCAACCAGGAUGGGAUUUUAAGAAGCAUGAGUUUGGGGGAAGUAACGUAGAGGGAGGAAAUAGAAAAAUUGAACUCUUUUCCUUAAUAUUUCUUAAUCUGUCUUGGUCACUAAGUAUCUUAAGGAUUUUGGGAUAGGCUGGAAACUCACUCAGAUUUUAAUAUGAAAUCCUGUGGAGAACUGACUGUAGCACUUGUCACUAAUGGGCAGUGAUACCUGAAUGUAGUUCUGUUUCUCUUCUUAUGUCCUCCGCAUUUACAGGUAAUUUUUUCCAAGUUUCUUUGGGUAGUUUGGGCAGAGGCAGGGGAAGAAUUUGUGUGGAGAUGUAGCACUCUGAUGGAAGCCCUUUUAAAUUGAAACUGCAGCAAAGUGAUGAUGGUCACUAUCCUGUAGCAUGUUGGAAUCUCUUUUUCUUUCUGCCUCCCUAUUAUAAAUGAAGGUGAUACUGCUGUUUUCCUGCUCACUGGUGUCAUUAUCUCAAAUAAUUCUGUCCUGGUACCAUUGUAAUAUUCCUGACUGUACUUCAUUCCAGUUCCAGUCUCAAUUAGCUGCUGUGAUAAUUGGUGGAUUCAAGCCUGAUUUCUCACUGAGACUAUCUCUUCUGCAAGAGUUGUUGCUACAUAUGCCCAUCCCAGUCUGUGCUGCAUCUCUGUAAAGCUUAAAUAUGAAAUGAGAGGCAUGUGAACAGUUCUGUAUUGUUUGUAGUGUGCUCUUUGGCCACUAGAUGCCAAUGUGUUAAUUUCUUGAUGACAGAACUGGUUCAUAAACCGCUGUACUUGUGAUUACAGCAUUUAUCAGGUGGCUGUCUGAUCCAGCAUGCGUAGUCCAUGCUUGUGAACAGAACAGCAUGGCCCUAAAUAAAGGAUAAUGUGCUCUCUGUUUUUCCUGUGAUGGAAAGUAGCAGUGGAUGAGUGGCAUUUUGCUUUUGGAAUUGCAUUUUCAAGUGCAACUGAUGAAUGCCACAGCAGUUGACCUCAAAUGGGGAGCAUGUUCAUUGCAAACAUAAACUUCAACAAAAGCAUAAAUAAAGUUAAUUUUUACUUCUCACCCAUGUCAUUUCAGAGUGGUUUGUGUGGGCUUUACAAGAUACACAGUUGAAGUUUUAGAAGGCAUCUGUUAAAGAAUUUCAACUGUUAGGAAGUACAUAGACACCACUUAGCAUUGCAUUGCAAUGUAUUGCAUGGCAAUUGGAGUGCAAGUAAUGUUUGCUUAGUGUUAGUUAUCAAGAUUCUGUUUUGUGAUGUCACUGUUAAACUCAUCCUGUUUUCUGUUAAAGGAUAAAUGCAGCCUUUGUGUGAUAUGAUCUUUACUUUUAGAUAGAUGUAUGUCUAGCAAGCACUUGAAGAGGCUACAGUUAGACUUAUCCUUCUGCUUUUGUAACUGAUGGUAAUGCAUGGACAGUCAGCACUCAAAAAGUGAGUGUUGAUUCUGUGGCAGGUAAGGCUGUGUUAUGAUUUUUACCUAUUAUUUAUUUGUUUAUAUAUUUGGCUCCUGUAGGGAGGAAAAGCAACAGCAAGAACAGAGUGUCCUAACAAGCCAUUCUGGUUUUGCUCAGAUAACUUAAGCUUAGUCUCUGCUAAUAAAUUUGUUCCAAACUGAAAAAGCAAGUGGUACAUUGAUAAGGAAGUAAGCAGCACAUGCCUAAACAU